AUGAUUGAGGAGAUCUUCAUUUCUGAUUUUUCAAACAACCUUUUGUUCGGGCACUCGCACAGCUUCCCGUUCAAGAGCCCAGCACCAAAACAGGCUGGCACAGACAGCCAAGCACCCCUGCUUACGUAUCCAGUCUCUGUCCACUCUGGCCACAAGUACAGCCAUCUCCGAGUCAAUGACACCAUUCUGACUGUCCGAUUCACCGACUUAGACAACUUUGCUGCAACAAAGUACCUGGUGGAUCUAAAGCUGUACUUGGAGAACAGAAUAUCACAUGUGACAGCCGCCACCGUAAAGAAUAGCUAUUUUGUGCUCCUGGAGCUGCUCAGAACGCCCGAGAUCGUGUUUAGGCCCGCCCCAAAUGGAGUUGCGGGAUUUAACGAGAGCACUCUUGUGGACAGCAGCAUGUUUGCCGCCAGCAACGUCCUUGUCAAUAUGGUCCAGAGCAUCCACAGUGUGCGGAACAUGCGGGACGAUGUGCUGCACAGUAGGUCGUAUGGAGAGGUGUUCCUGGACCACGUGCCGGUGUCCUCAUUGAAGGCUGUGUUCCAGAUGCCAGACAACGUCCAGUUCAAGACGCCAUAUCCGUUUGAGCAGCACAAGAUUCACGGCAGCUCAGAUAACGUAGUGGUAAUAUCAGGCAAGAAUGUUGAAAACAGAAACAUCCUCAGCUUCCAGGUUAGAAACUCCGCCCUGUACUUCAGACUUGAGAAUGGCAGGAGUGAGCAUGAGAACGGCGUGCGGACUUAUACUUUCGUGAGUGAGUACAAGGGGAAGUUCAAAUUUGUUGAGUUUAGAAUACCAGUUGGAAAGAGAGCCUACAGGGCCGAGGCCAAGGCGAGUGCCGGAGAGUGCAACUUUGACAUGAAAACAGGAACGGUGCACUGGAGACUCAGGGACUGUCUCUUUGGCAGGGAAAGCAUCAGAAUAGCAGUGUGCUCGCUUGACGAGGAGGUGGCAAGCGGGCAGAAAAGGAGCAGCAUAUCCGUGGACUUCAGGCUUGAGGAUGCCGAGGAUUCGCCCGUUAGGCUCGUGAGCUGUGCGAACAUCCACCGGCCCAGCCAGAAGUUCUGGAUGAGGUGCACGACACAGAGCCAGGACUACAGGUUUUCCGGUGUUAAUUAA